AUGUGGAACAAAGGUAGAGUACUACUGCUGAACAGAAGAUACAUAACCUUUCGACAUUUUACGAGCCAAGUGAAAGUGUAUGACAACCUGAAAAUUAUCGAAAGCAAAAGUUUGUAUGAAGACAAAAAUACGAAAAUUAGUAUUCGCGAGUCGUCGAAAUAUGCCAUCCCCAUACCGCAGUGCGACCGUUCCCUAAUCAGCUCCGUCAUUUAUAGGGUUUUUCUAAAGCAUACCGAAUAUGGGGAAUGUGCAUGGAGACUAAUCCACCUAAUCAUGGAAAGGCUGGAAAAUGAAGAAAUACUGAAGCUGUUUCGGAUUGAGGAGUCCUUUAAUAUGAAGAUGUAUUUUUACAUUUUACAUUUAUGGCUAAUUAACAAGAGAUUAAGACAUGAGCAGUACCAGGGCGAGAUAAUUAACACAUACAUUUUUGACAUUACGUGGAGAAUUGUGCGUGACUGGAUGCUUUUGAAGGAUGUCCCCGAGUACUGUUUCAACACGGAGCUUUUGAAUUGCCAGGAGUACGCCUUCGGGUUCCUGGUGUCCUUAGAUGAGGCCGCCACCAGCGUGGACAUUUUUCCGUCCCUCCUAAAGGACAUCUUGUGGGAGCAUCUUUAUGAAAAAAAAGUAAAGAAAAGCGGAAACAUAGUCACAGAGUUGAGCAAAUAUAGCGUUCUCCAAAUGAGGCACAUUUUUAAUCUAUCAAGUGAUCAUUUUCUGCAGGCAUACUUUAUCUGGGCCGAUUUUUACAACCAAAAAAAAUCCAAUCGCCGUUUGCCCGCCUUGUGCCAACAGAUAUCUUAUGGAGGCUACCGUCCAAAGGACAAAAAUAAAUAUCUCCCCUAUGAUGAUGGAAAAAAGCUGUUACCAAGAACUUACUAG